AUGCCGACAGCGUGGUGGUGGCGGCGUCCUCGGGGCUCCGUGCUCGUGAGGGUUGUUCCUGCUGCUGGCAGGGCCGGUUCCCGUUUCGGGGUCCAGGGUGUGGCUGAGAUCACCGCAGGGUUUGGAAGGAAGGAAGAGCCAAGGCUGGAUGUUCUGAUAAAUAAUGCAGGGAUAUUCCAGUGUCCGUACAUGAAGACAGAGGAUGGUUUUGAGAUGCAAUUUGGUGUAAACCACUUGGGUCACUUCUUGCUCACCAACCUUCUUCUGGGCCUCCUCAAAAAUUCUGCUCCGAGCAGGAUUGUGGUAGUAUCCUCAAAGCUUUACAAAUAUGGAGAGAUCAACUUUGAAGACUUGAACAGUGAAACAAGUUACAAUAAAAGCUUUUGUUACAGUCGGAGUAAACUGGCUAACAUAUUAUUUGCAAGGGAGCUAGCCCGUCGGUUAGAAGGGACAGGAGUCACCGUCAAUUCCCUUCAUCCUGGGAUUGUCAGAACAAAUCUAGGCAGGUAUGUGAAUAUUCCUCUGCUGGCAAAACCCCUGUUCAACUUGGUGUCAUGGGCUUUCUUCAAAACACCUCUGGAAGGAGCCCAGACUUCUAUUUAUUUGGCCUCUUCUCCUGAUGUGGAAGGCGUGUCAGGAAAAUACUUUGGGGACUGCAAAGAGGAGGAACUCCUGCCCAAAGCCAUGGAUGAUUUGGUUGCAAGAAAGUUGUGGGAUAUCAGUGAAGUGAUGGUUGGCUUAUUGAAAUAAGUGCCAGGGGGUAUCUGCGAAAUAGAAGGCAGGUAACUAUGGAACACGUAUUUGCAACAGUGUCGUUCUCACUUUAAAUGCUGCGGGAAUACAGAUUACUUUGCUCAGUAAGUGUUAAAUAGAGGAGUGAUUUAUGCUGGAACUCUGUCUUGAAAUAAAGGACAAUCUUUACUUGAUGGACACAGGCAUUCAAAAAGAGUCUGAAAUAGAGUUUGAGGGUGUGAAUAUAAUUUCUGCUUAAAUUUGCUCAGAAACUUAUGUUUUACAAGUAAAAGUUAAAC